CAGGGACGCCUUGGCUGCUCACAGGACCGUCUUUGCCGUCAUGUCCUUGUUUGUGCGUUUUAAUCAGCGAUUGGAAAAUAACAGGUAGCCUUGUCUGUCUGUCUGUCCGUCCGCCUGCCUCUCUCACCCGUAUACACCCAGGAGGGCAGACAGGGGCAAGAAAAGCCCCAGAAAAGCCCGUGUGACGCGGAGGGUUGGCUGCGGUUCUGCGCGCGGUUCUCGGGCCGGGGGAGAAGAGGCGGUCGGCGGGGUUCGACAGCCGGGAUCGUUCGCAACGUGUUUGUGCUGAGUGUCACCGCAGUCCGACUGUGUCUGGAGGAGACCCAGGCUGCUGCUGCUGCUGCUUUAAUGGGGCUGCCGUCAGCGCGUCUCACCGCCCCUGGACAGAUGAUCAGCGGGAUUCACGCCUGAAUUUAGACGCGCUAUAGACGGCGGUGUGGAUAUGGAAUGGUGCAUGCCGCUGGGCCAAGUUUUCAUCCUCUGAAAAACACCAGAAUCAUGGACAGUCAUCCGCUGUGCACUAGACUUUGUCCACACACUCUGGACAAAGAAGAUGGAGUCGAGAGGCAAGGUCCCGUCACUCUGAACCCCCGGCACAUGAGGAAGGCAUUCAAAGUCAUGAAUGAACUGCGCAGCCAGAGCCUGUUGUGUGAUGUGACCAUAGUGGCGGAGGAUGUGGAGAUCGCUGCUCACAGAGUGGUCCUGGCUGCUGGGAGUCCUUACUUUCAUGCUAUGUUCACAGGGGAGAUGGCAGAGAGCAGGGCCAAGCGAGUGAGGAUAAAGGAGAUGGAUGGUUGGACUCUGGGCCUGCUGGUGGAUUACAUCUACACAGCAGAGAUACAGGUCACAGAGGACAAUGUCCAGGCGCUGCUGCCUGCUGCAGGCUUGCUCCAGCUGACGGAGGUGAAGAAGGCUUGUUGUGAGUUCUUGAGCUCCCAGCUUCAUCCGUCCAACUGUCUGGGAAUACGAGCCUUCGCUGACCUCCACGCCUGCUCACAGCUGCUCGCACAGGCUAACAGCUAUGCAGAGCAACAUUUCACUGAAGUGGUUGGAAGUGAAGAGUUUCUCAAUUUGGGCAUGGAGCAAGUGUCCAGCCUGAUCGCCAGCGACAAGCUCACCAUCCCCACAGAGGAGAAGGUUUUCGAGGCAGUGAUCGCUUGGGUCAACCACGAUAAGGACGUUCGUCAGGAACACUUGGCUCACCUGAUGGAACACGUCCGCCUGCCGCUCCUCUCCAGAGAGUACCUGGUGCAGCGGGUAGAGGAGGAGUCUCUGAUUAAGAACAGCAGUGCGUGUAAAGACUACCUGAUAGAGGCCAUGAAGUAUCACCUGCUACCAGCGGACCAGAGGGCUCUGAUGAAGACUGCACGUACACGCAUGAGGACUCCAGCCUGCUGCCCCAAGGUGAUGGUUGUGGUCGGAGGCCAGGCUCCAAAGGCCAUCCGAAGUGUUGAAUGUUACGACUUUGAGGAGCAGCGAUGGUACCAAGUAGCAGAGCUUCCAACCAGGAGAUGCAGAGCAGGUGUUGUGUACGUGGCUGGGUGUGUGUAUGCAGUCGGUGGCUUCAAUGGUUCUUUGCGAGUUCGGACGGUUGAUUGUUACGACCCAAUGAUCGACCGCUGGACCAGCGUGAGCAGCAUGCAGGACCGUCGGUCAACGCUCGGGGCCUCUGUGCUUAACGGACUCCUGUACGCCGUAGGAGGCUUCGAUGGUAGCACAGGUUUGUCGACAGUCGAGGCGUACAAUUCAAAGACAGAUGAGUGGUUCCAUGUUUUACCCAUGAGCACCCGACGUAGCAGUGUGGGAGUGGGCGUUGUCAAUGGGAUCUUGUAUGCAGUUGGAGGUUAUGAUGGAGCAACGAGGCAAUGUCUGAGCACAGUAGAAGCUUACAACCCAAAAAGCAACACAUGGAGCUACAUCGCCGAGAUGGGCACGAGACGAAGUGGAGCAGGUGUGGGCGUGUUAAAAGGUUUACUGUACGCGGUGGGGGGACACGACGGCCCGUUGGUAAGGAAGAGCUGUGAAGUUUACGAUCCGGCCUCCAACAGCUGGCGGCAGGUAGCUGACAUGAACAUGUGUCGACGCAACGCAGGUGUUUGUUCUGUAAAUAACGUACUAUAUGUGGUGGGAGGAGAUGACGGCAGUUGCAAUUUAGCUUCUGUGGAGUUUUACAAUCCCAACUCAGACAAGUGGACACUACUACCAACUUGCAUGAGCACAGGACGCAGUUAUGCAGGUGUGACUGUGAUCGACAAGCCCUUAUGACUGCUCUUGAGUCCUGACGCUUAUUCGGAGCAGUAUGAAUGCUCCUACUGAAUACUGAUCUUGGAUCUGUCUAUGAUGCCAAUGAUUCAAUGUUGGGCAGCAUUAGCACAACGGGCACUGACGAAGAUGAAGAAAAGGACAAGAUUGUUGUUGAUGAUGAAGAUUUUUGCACUUACUGAAGGGAGGAGUUGAAACAAACGGGGCGACUGAACCCGUGUUUUAAUCCUCCUGGCAGGACUGCAGAGGCGACAGGGCAAACCAGUUUUCAGCACCACUGUAGUGCCAUUGAAAUGCUACUGAUAUGAAGCUACUAUAACUGCAAAGUUACUGUAACAUUAGUAAUGUUAUCAACUCUGAGGAGGACCACUGACCUAUGGGAGAGGAAGGCAGAGAAGGACCAUAUCGGGACUAAAUCCUUUGUUUCUCCUUUCGUUUUCUAUUAACCUGAAUGUGUGUGUGUCUGUGUGUGUGCUUGCAUAUAAAGGUGCUCAUUGCUUGCACAUGUGAGCAUGUGUGUUUGUGUGCUCUGUGCAUCUGAGUCUCAGUGUGGUGACGCCUGGUCUGACGCCGCAUGAACGCACUCUGUCUGACCUCUGACCUUUACAGUGUUGCAGUGUGGCUGUUCAAGAGUGCCUGAAUGUCAAAUUACUCCCUACUUCCUACUCUUUUAUCUUUGUUAUGCCUCUAGUACUGUUAGCGGACAGAGUGCAGCCGGACUCUGCCGUUGUUCUGGGAUAAAGACGUACCUUUUGAGAAGUGACUGUAGAACAGAGUGGCAUUUGCCUGCAUGAUUCAGACAAUGAGAAACAGUUUCGGAGGAUGAUUACGUAUGUGUAUGCGGGGAAAAAAGCAGACUCUUGCUGGACUAUUAACUCUUCUGGUUAAGGAGAAGCUUCAUUUGCCAAAUGCAGUGACAGAAAGAGGGAGAUGCUGUUUGAGAUGAAAACAGCGUCGUGCAUCAGUGCUUCACUGUCACCUGGCAGCCAAUUCUGCUGUGGUUGUGACCACUAACGAUAAAGACAGCCUGAACUUGAUGCAUGGUCCCGAGUCCUGACUCUAACCUCUUAUCCUGAAACAGUACCCUGUUGUCUCUUGGUGUAGCAACCCUGUUAACUACUGCACACCCUGACAUACUAUGAAUGUGCCAAUUUUAAUAUGUCUCUUUAUUUCCAACUGUCUCUCUUUAUGACAUUACUAAUGUGUUUUCUCCUUCUGCAAAGUGACCAAACCUACUGUUUUUCUUUUUCUCCAGUCUCUUUCUUUUCCCUUUCCUCCUAUAUUGAAAAUUGCUAUAGUAACUGGUAUCGCUGUUUCUCGUCAGUGUAUUGAGGAAUGUCAUGUAGGCUAAUGACUAUGAAACGUUUCAUUACUUGUUUUAUAUUAUCAUUAAUAAAUAUGCUUCUUGUAUUUAAAGCUGUGAAAUGAUAUACUCUGUUUUUAAAACUUUGCCAAAUCAGUAAAAUGAUGAAAUGGAA